AUGGGAAGGGCUCCUUGUUGCGACAAGGCAAAUGUGAAGAAGGGACCAUGGUCACCAGAGGAAGACUCAAAGCUUAAAGACUACAUAGAGAAAUACGGGACUGGUGGCAAUUGGAUUGCUCUACCUCAAAAGGCUGGGCUUAAGAGAUGCGGCAAGAGUUGUAGAUUGAGAUGGCUAAACUAUCUAAGGCCUAACAUUAAACAUGGUGAAUUCUCUGAUGACGAGGAUAGGAUAAUCUGCAGCCUAUUUGCAAGCAUUGGAAGCAGAUGGUCAAUAAUAGCUGCUCAGCUACCAGGAAGGACUGAUAAUGAUAUCAAGAAUUACUGGAACACAAAGCUCAAGAAGAAACUCAUGGCCAUGGCUCCUCAAUCUCAUAGAAAACCCCCACCAUUCCCAUCUCCACAUCAAACUCCACCGUUGCCAUCUCAUUCACUAUCAUCAAUCUAUAAAGACUGUGGUGGUUCUUUCCCUUACUACUCCCAAAACAAAUCUUUCACUGGCUUUGAGCCCAUUUCACAAGUUCCAUCUAGUCUUUUAAGCAACAACAGUGUCUCUUUAGCCACAAACUCUUUACAUUUUCAAUCCACCGGCCAAGAGGGCUUGUUCAGUCCCAUGCAAUACUAUCAGCCAGUGAAAGAUAAUUUCUUGGUGUUUGGUAGUGAAGCAAGUUGCAGUUCUAAUUCUGAGGGGAGUUGCAGCCAGAUAAGCUAUGGAAGAGAGAUCAAACAAGAAGAUAUGGGAUUUCACAGCUUCAUUUCAAAUGGGUAUGAAGAUCAGAACCAAAAGUUCAUGCUAAGUUAUGGCAACAGUAUUGGAGUUGAAAAUUUGAACCCAUGGGUAGAGAAGCCAAAUGGGAGUAUUGGAGAAACCCCAUUGGACUAUGACCUCAUUGAGGAUGUUAAGCAACUGAUUAGCAGCAGCGGUGCAAAUAAUAAUGUCAAUGUGUGUUGUAGCAAUAGCAAUGACCACCUGCUCAUUGAUGAAAACAAGACCCAAGAGAAGGUCAUGUACUCCUACUACUGA